AUGAGGAUCCUUUCUAGUCCGGUCAAACUGGUGCUCUUACUGUUUGUAACUUAUCUAUGUAGUUCAGGGCGUAUUCACACGUCCAAUAUGGCUGCUUAUCAGCGGAUGUUUUCAAACAUAGAACCAACUUCUGUUAAUUUGAUAAUAGCGCACCCAGACGAUGAAGUGAUGUUCUUUGCACCAGUGCUUCUACAAUUGGACUCAAUGCUGCAUUAUCGAGUUGUGUUUCGUGUUUUCUCGCUCACUAAUGGCGGGGCCGACGGACUCGGCGGCACCAGGGCUCGUGAGUUAAAAGACUCUCUGCAUCUGUUGAUGCAUCGAAAACACCCUUCAGUUGAAGUUUUGAACUUUGUCGAUGGAAUGGACGAGGAAUGGGAUCUCCUGAGGACUACAAGGGAACUUGAGUCGCGUGUCACAGAUUCAGUUCCGGCUUUCAUCACUUUCGAUGACAGGGGAAUCUCCAAUCACAUUAAUCACAUUUCCUGUUACAAAACUGUUCAGAGUCUGAAAUCAAUUUAUACGCGGGGUCUAUAUUAUCGAUUGCUGAGCAAGGAAUCAGUAUUCCAGACAUACACCGCUUUUGUUCCCGCGCUACUUCAUCUGUACAGGCCUACUGAGAGUAUUGUGUUUGUUAGCAGCUUCAAAGCGUACUUGUUGUCCUUCGCAACUAUGCUCAAUGCUCAUGUAUCACAGAUGGUUUGGUUCAGGUAUGGGUGGUGGUUGUUUAGUUACUACGUUUUUGCAAACGAGUUGGAGGCAUUCUGA